CUCGAGUUAUGGCCAUACCAUCACAAGCUGAGCUAGCUAAGAGCGAGCUUCAUUAACAUACGAGACAGAGAGGUCAGUGAAGGUAGCAAUGGCGGCAGCCUCCUCUGUUCUUCGUUGCUGCCUCCUCGUCGCAGCACUGAUGACGCUGUCCGCAAUGGGAGCUGAAGCCAUCACAAGGCAGUACCUAUUCGAUGUGCAAACGACGAGCGUGACGCGGCUGUGCAGCACGAAGAGCAUCGUGACGGUGAACGGGCAGUACCCGGGCCCCACGCUGUUCGCCCGCGAGGGCGACCACGUCGAGGUCACGGUCGUCAACCACUCCCCCUACAACAUGAGCAUCCACUGGCACGGGAUCCGGCAGCUGCUGAGCGGGUGGGCGGACGGGCCGUCGUACAUCACGCAGUGCCCGAUCCAGCCCGGGGGAAGCUACGUGUACAGGUUCACCAUCACCGGGCAGCGUGGCACGCUGUGGUGGCACGCGCACAUCUCCUGGCUGCGCGCCACCGUGCAUGGCCCCAUGGUCAUCUUGCCCCCUGCCGGCGUCGGGUACCCGUUCCCGGCGCCGCAUGAGGAGGUGCCCAUCAUGUUCGGCGAGUGGUGGAACAACGACACGGAGGCGGUGAUCAGCCAGGCGCUCCAGACCGGCGGCGGGCCCAACAUCUCCGACGCCUACACCCUCAACGGCCUCCCUGGCCCCCUCUACAACUGCUCAGCCCAAGACACGUUUAAGCUGAAGGUGAAGCCCGGGAAGACGUACAUGCUGAGGCUCAUCAACGCUGCACUCAACGACGAGCUCUUCUUCUCCAUCGCCAACCACACGCUCACCGUGGUCGACGUCGACGCGCUCUACGUCAAGCCCUUCACCGUCGACACGCUCAUCAUCGCGCCGGGCCAGACCAGCAACGUGCUUCUCACCGCCAAGCCGACGUACCCGGGCGCCAGCUACUACAUGCUGGCUCGCCCGUACACCACCACGCAGGGCACCUUCGACAACACCACCGUCGCCGGCGUCCUCGAGUACGACGACCCCUGCCCCACCACCGCCGCCGGCAAGAUCGUCCCCAUCUUCUCCCCUACGCUGCCGCAGAUCAACGACACCAACGCCGUCUCCAACUUCACCGCCAAGCUCCGCAGCCUGGCCAGCGCCGGGUACCCGGCGGCGGUGCCGCAGCAGGUGGAUCACCGCUUCUUCUUCACCGUGGGGCUCGGCACCCACCCCUGCGCCGUCAACGGGACGUGCCAGGGACCCAACGGCUCCCGGUUCGCCGCCUCCAUCAACAACGUCUCCUUCGUGCUCCCGGCGACGGCGCUGCUCCAGUCGCACUUCGCCGGCAAGUCCAAGGGCGUGUACGCCUCCAACUUCCCGUACUACCCGCUGAACCCGUUCAACUACACCGGCACGCCGCCGAACAACACCAACGUGAUGAACGGGACCAAGGUGCUCGUGCUGCCGUACGGCGCCAACGUCGAGCUGGUGAUGCAGGACACCAGCAUUCUUGGCGCCGAGAGCCACCCGCUGCACCUGCACGGCUUCAACUUCUUCGUCGUCGGCCAGGGCUUCGGCAACUUUGACCCCAUCAACGACCCGGCCAAGUUCAACCUCUACGACCCCGUCGAGCGCAACACCGUCGGCGUGCCCGCCGGCGGCUGGGUCGCCAUCCGCUUCCACGCAGACAACCCAGGUGUGUGGUUCAUGCAUUGUCACUUGGAGGUGCACAUGAGCUGGGGACUGAAAAUGGCGUGGCUGGUGCUGGAUGGCAGCCGUCCUGACCAGAAGCUCCCGCCUCCACCGUUGGAUCUCCCAAAAUGCUAGGAAUAAAACUCAAGAUCAUAUCAAUAGUCAAGAUUGGUUGCAUUUGCAUCGCUUCACACAGACCCCACUUACUGUUGUCCGAUCAGAUAUAUAUUUUGCUGCUUCGGUUUCUCAUCGUCGAUCGACAUGCGUGCUUCAUUUGUUGCUUUUUUUGAUAAACUGAUUUUCUCAUGCAAUUGACAGUGUGUUUGUCAGCUAGCUCCGGUAUUUGCAUGAAGUUUCAAUUUCUUUCGUAUUUUGAGGAAAUUUGAUUUCUUUGAUUGGCAGGGCUUGACUCUUAGGACUGCUUACUGUAACUCAAAGCGAUCGCUUGCUUUGCAUCUUGUAAUGUAUCCCAGUGUAUUUUGGUGCAAUAAAAUCUAGUUCUGGUACAUUGUCCGGCCGUA